ACUUUGCGGCGCUCCGCGUCAAAGCCCGAGGAGGCGAAGCGCUGCCCUCCUCCCCGGUCGACCCCUCCCUCUGCCACUGCCUCCCGAUCCCUGCCCAGCCGGGAGCACUGGUGAUAGGACGAGCCCGGGGCGUGCAUUGUGUGUAUGCAAACCAGAGCUCCGCUCCCCAGGGCUGCCCGACCUGGGCCAGGGCUGCAGCUGCGGCUGGCGCUGCCCUCGCCGGAGCCGGGCACUGUCAUGCCUCCGCCGCGAGGCGGGCCGCUGCGUCCCCAAGCCGCUAUAUAAGCGGGGGCAAGGGGACACCCGGAGGGGCUGAAGAUGAAGGUGCCCGCGCACGGGCCCCCGCUGAUUGCCAACCCCUCCCGAGCCCGCGCCGGGAGCGAAGCCCGCGGACGCCGAGGACCCGCCUUCGCCGCAGUAGCAGCUGGAGCAGCGCAAGAGGCGGCAGCUGCGGCGGCGGCGGCGGAGGCGCGGGUCGCGCGAGUGCGCAGAGAGGCGGCGGCAGCUCGGGGGCCGCCGCUGCCCCGGCUGCCAUGAGUUGUGCGGAGGUGAUGUAUCACCCCCAGCCGUAUGGAGCGCCCCAGUAUCUGCCCAACCCUGUGGCAGCUGCAACCUGCCCCACAGCCUACUACCACCCGGCGCCCCAACCUGGCCAGCAGAAGAAGUUAGCGGUAUACAGCAAGAUGCAGGACUCUCUGGAAGUCACCCUUCCCAGCAAACAAGAGGAGGAGGAGGAGGAGGAGGAGGAGGAUGAGGAGGAGGAGGAGAAAGACCAGCCUGCCGAGAUGGAGUACCUUAACUCUCGCUGUGUCCUUUUCACUUAUUUCCAGGGAGACAUUGGGUCAGUAGUGGAUGAACACUUCUCAAGAGCUUUGGGCCAAGCCAGCACCCUCCAUCCAGAAUCUGCCAUUUCAAAAAGCAAGAUGGGGCUAACCCCCCUAUGGCGAGACAGCUCAGCUCUCUCCAGUCAGAGGAGUAGUUUUCCGACUUCUUUUUGGACCAGCUCUUACCAGCCUCCACCUGCACCCUGUUUGGGGGGAGUUCAUCCUGACUUCCAGGUCACUGCACCCCCUGGCACCUUUACCGCAGCCGACCCCAGCCCCUGGCCAGGACACGGCCUGCACCAGACUGGCCCAGCCCCUCCCCCUCCUGUGUCUGAGUCCUGGCACUAUCCUUUGGCAUCUCAGGUGAGCCCAUCCUACAGCCACAUGCAUGAUGUGUACAUGCGCCACCACCACCCCCACGCCCACAUGCACCACCGGCACCACCACCACCACCACCACCACCCUUCUGCUGGCUCUGCCCUGGAUCAGCCCUACGGGCCCCUGCUGAUGCCAUCAGUGCGUGCAGCCAGGAUUCCUGCUCCCCCGUGUGACAUCACAAAGACAGAUCCAACGACAGUCACCACUGCUACCUCAGCGUGGGCCGGAGCCUUUCACGGAACUGUGGACAUAGUGCCAAGUGUGGGGUUUGAUACAGGUCUACAGCAUCAAGACAAGAGCAAGGAAUCACCAUGGUACUGAAACACAGUAUUAUCAAGUCAGGUUGGAGUGUGAAUCCACAGGCCCAAGGGGAAAAGAUGCUGCCAGGAUUGUCCAUUCUGCAAUGGGACAUGAUAGACAUGGAAGGAGAAGAGGAAGUGUCAGCCAGCUGACUUUGGUCUGGAGCCUUUUCUUGAGAAAGCAGAGUGGGUCCUAGACAUUGAAGAAACGCAUUUUUGUUUGUUUUGUUUUCCCCCUCAUCUGAGCCUUUGCCAACUGUGCAACUCUUUUUAUUUUUGUCUUGCUUUUAUCAAUACAUGGUUUAAUUUUGUUUCAUUUUGAAUUUUUGGAACCAGCCACCUUGUCAGGAAAAGAUGAACCACAGAUGAAAAUGCUCAUUCUUUCAGGAAUACAGUUCGUAGCUCUAUGUGCAUCUAUUUUUGUAGAAAUACAGAAAGUUUGAUUUAGCAUUGAUGGGCUAUUUUUGAGGGAUGUAUGUUUUUUAAUAUUGUAAACAUUGUUAAGUUCUGUUUAAAGAACUUGCUCUCAGAGAAGCACUGGCAAAAAUGUUUAAAAUGCUUGUUUUUAAGGUGUCUGUGAUAUGCUCUGUGCUUUCUAGGUUACCUCAGUGUUUGAUAGUUUCUCCUUUUUACAAAAAUAGCACCAUAGCCAAGCCAAUAUAGUAUUGUAUCACAUUAAAUCUCAGAGAAGAUUUAAUUCCAUGCUAGUUUACUUAGCUUUGAGUUAUAUGUAUAGCUUCAAAAGGAAGUUUUUAAUGACCACACUAAAGAAAGGAUAUUUCAUUACUUUGAUUUCUCCCAAAGAGGUUGAUUAAGAAAGUUUUGCAUAAACUUUCAAUCAGAUGGAGAGUUUGCCUAGCGUAUAUAAUUCUUUUUUUAGUCCAUCUGACUUUGAUAAAUAGAACCAGAGUUUUAUCGAACUCCUGGAAAAAAAUGCAUUUAACCAUGCUACCUUUGAGUUCCAGUGACUUAUUUUCCUUGUUCCUAAUCACUCAUUUAUGGUCAUUUUUAAGGUCAUAUUUCAGUGGAUUUUUUUUUUCCUGGAGAUAGUUUGAAGGGAUAAUAUUUGGGAGGGUACUAGACACAUCAUAAAGCCUUUAAUUCAGUGGCUGUUUCUGAUAAUAUUACCUAUCAUUGUGAAUUGAAACUAAUAUAUGGUGUAUGUAAUCUUUUAAGCAUAGGUUUUCACCACUUUUUUUUUUUUUUGGUUUAAAUCUGGUUUUAGUUGACUUAUUUUUUUAAGGAAAAAUUUGGGGAAAUGAAAUUUAGAUUUGGAUUUAUGCCACAAUUACUAAAAUUGGUUUAAUAAAUUGACAAUUUAUAUUUGAAAUUUCUUAUUGAAAACCCUGGUUUCAACUUGACAUGGCCCUCCAAAUCUAAAUCAGGUGAAGAUGUAAUUAUCAUUAAGACCCUGUUAGGAAAAGAUUAGGAUUGUGAAAGUAGCAGUUAAUGAUAUUUUAAGGGCUUUAAAUGUAAAGUCCAUUCUUUCAGCUACUUCCAGAGAUGGGUCAUGUUAAAAAGUUAAUGUUAUAUAGAAAUUUUUAUUUGGUAAAAAAGUUUCUCAAAUUUUUCCCAUCCCUGUCCUCAGCCAUGUGAAAUACAAUGUUUAAUGAAAUACCACUUUCCAUCUUAAAUUGUAUACAUCAUGUAUGUGUACAUUACAGAUAGAAGAAUGACACAACCUCUGCUUAGCUAGGCAGAGUUCUCACAGAUAAUUUUCAAAUAUUUCUCUUAGCUCUAUUUCACAUACUACUUUUCUUUCCUGGUGCAUCUCAUGCAUUAUACAUCUAUACACUGUCUUACUGUAUUCUAAUCACUCCAUACAUUGCUGCUUCUUAACCAGACUCUCCUUAGCAUAAUAUGCACAUUUUUACCUAAUGUGAGGCCCAAACUUAAAGUAUCUUCCACUCACUAAUGAUAUCGACUUAGAUUUCUAGGGACUAGCGUGGUUAAAUUAUCUACAUUUUAAUUUGCAAUUUGAUUUGAUACAAUUAUUUGUAAUUUGCCCAAAUCUGUGGAGCACAGAGCUGAAUGAGUCUAUAAAAUUGGUUUCAUCUUGUGUCCUGAGUUUUCAAAGCAAGUAUUUGGUAGUUCACAUAGGGUGACUGACUCCCUGCAGAUUAUUUAUUUUUCUCCCCUUAUAACCUAUUAACUUCCUUUGCAGUUUCUCUUAGAACGGUGUUGUACCCCAACUCAUUCAGAUCAUUCAAAUCGGACUUUCCCAAUUAAGAAAAGUAUUAACUCUCUGCUCCUUUCUUUAUUCUCUAUUGAAUUGAAUUGAAAGGGAGCAGUUGAUUAGACAGCUUCACCCUAAAUUGAGACUAUGCCUUGUGUGACUCUUGGCAACUAUAGUAUAAAAUAUUCCUUUGCUCUAGAGGCCCAAGAAAAGUUGGGGGCCUGAAUUCCACUGUGCGCAGGAAAAUUUUGCAAGUGGGCUAUCCUGUCGAGAAUAGGCCCAGGUGCUGUUGGCAUGUGGCAAGGAUUCGAUCCUUGGUAUACAAGGAAUGUAUCAAAAUCUCAGUAAAAAGAGAAUGAGUGCGUGUCUCUCUAUAAUGGCCUGACGUCCCCUUGUUAUGGUCAUAGUACCAUUGCCACCGGAAGUUAUAAAAGAGGAUGAACUGUAAUUUAGCAUGAUCUUCUGGAUUUACUUUCAAUUUAAAGUGCUAACGUGCUCUGGGUCUGGUUGUCUCACAUCAAAAUGAUGCUGUUGAGCUUUGUCGGCUUUAUUGAGAGCGCCCACCUCCCUCCCUAAUUCCGUUUGGAAACACUACGGCUUUGACUAAUUUGCAAAUUAGACUUUAUCCAAGCUUUCGAAAGAUCUGUGAGCUAAACCCUAGAAAAUCAUCUGAUGUACUUGACAUCUAAUCUAUGCUUCCCCCACUAAACUUACAAUGAACAAGAUAAGCUAAGGAACAAGAUAAAUCUUAAUAGGUUAUUGGACCCUCAUUGUUUAUUUGAAAAGAGUCUCUAAAUGUUUUAAAAACCAAUGUUUCCUCUUAAGAAGGUUCACCAUCUCUCCUAAACUUCCCCCUGUAAUUUUUCUCCUUUCCCUUUCCUCUUCAAAUUACUUACACAACUAUUUUAAGCAAAAAUGACCAGAAUUGUUCUAAAUUUUGUAAAUGAGCAUUAGUGGAUUGCAAAUAAUCGAGGAAUUAAUUUCUUUAACUUUAGAACAAACUUAAAAAACAAUUCUAGGCACUGGCAUAAAAUAUGCCCUUGAAGAGUUUGUUAUUCAUUAUGCAAAUAGUAUUUGCCCAUUCCUACUCAAGACCUGUAGAACAGAUGACAGACUCUAUCUAGCUUUCACAUUUGCUAUCUGGUUUUAGGUUACAUUUCUACUUUAAAGUGGCAAUCAGAAACUGUUUUCGAGAAACUGCAUUUUAUUCCUGACUGAGUGUCCCUUUGUUAGAUAAUGUUUGCUGAAUUAAGUCAAUGGGGCAGUAUCAUUAAGUGGUGGAAAAGGAAAGUAUAUAUGUUUAGAGUUCUGACUGGGGGUUGAAUAGAGAAGCAGAUUGAAUAAAUGGAAAAAAGCAUUGGCUUGGGCGUUAAGUCAUUCUCCAAAUUCUGGCUUAGCCACAAUUAAGAUGAGUGUUAUUUGGCAUUCCAUUUAUUUAUUUCAUGAGUAAGUGGGAUAAUAAUAACUAACUGGCCAGCUGUGAAGGUUGGAAAUCAUACAUAUGAUCAAUCAUCUGUCUCGUAGUAGAUGUUCAAUAAAUGACAGCUACCAUGUGUCUUUCAGUUGAGUAACAAGGUCAUAAAAUUGAGCUCCCAAAACACUCCUUCUCUUUACUUUCUAUACCCAUUUCUGUAGCAAUCAAAUAGAUAUAUGACUGUGCUUCUAUGCAACAAAUUAUUGCAAGAGAAUUUUUGCCUUCUACUGGGUGUUGAAGAUAAAAUGUAAAUUUAUUAAUUAUUGCUAAUAUUUUAGUGUGCCAUUUAUGAAGGAAAAUAAGUUAACCUCUUAGUGGUAUGUAGGUCCAACUCUGAGUUUUCUUACAUAUUCUAAAACUUCAUCCAGGACUGUAUGGAUUAUUUUCUUCAAAACUAAGGCAACAGUUUCAUUAAAUUACCAAAGUUUAUAUUUUUCAGUUAUAUUUUGUGCUCCCUUAGCACCUGGAAUAAAAACAUCUCUUUUGAAGUUAUCCAUUUUUUUUUUAACUUGCCUUGGAGGAAAAAAAUUGCAAAAUAUGGUGUAAAAAAAUCGUCUGCAUUCAAGGGGAGGAAAAAAAAAACACAACCCUUUACGAUCUCAGUCAGCAGAUUUACUCUACUUCAGAAAAAAAGAAACAACUUUAUUGGAAGCAGAUGUUGACACUGUGUCAGUUAUUGAAGAUGGAAAGAGUUUAUUUGAACCAUUGCAGUUACAAAGGGGUAUUGAUGGCAGUUAGACUCCUGUGAUUGAUCACCUUCACAACAGACAGAAGGACAGCAGAAAGCAGAAACUGUUUGAGACCAAGACUGAAAUCAGCCUGCCAGUUUUAAUAUGCAGGACCCUAAGGACACGGUUUUGGGGUUUUUUGGUUUGUUUUUUUUUUUUUGGUUUUGUUUUGUUUUCUUUCAUCCGGGAUAAAAGAAACAUCUUUCAGAAAAUGUAAGGCUUGUUUGAGAGAGAAACUAAAAUUUAUUUUCUGAAAUCAUGGUCCAAGAGCCCUUUAAAUUUCAUAUUAAAACUAUUAUUAAAGCUGUUUUAGAAAAAUGAGGUUAAAGAAUUAGUUCAAUCAUGUAUGCCUAAGACGAUAUGUAAACUACACAAAAGUGGAUGACUCUGGUGAUGGGGGUAUGGGUGGGGCCUGCAAGGAAAUUUCGGUCUCAAUAGCUUCAAAAUCUUAAUUACCUUUGUAACUUGAUCAUGGAGGUUUGUCACAGAACAGACUUUCAGAAUUUUUCUGUAGGUUUUUUGUUUUGGCAUUUUUUUUCUUUUAGUGCUUUCUGGGAAUUUUGCCUUAUACAUGUUUCCAAAUUAUUCAUUAUUAUUAUUAAAAUAUCUUAAUUUUCUUAUUUCUUUUAUUGUCCAUUGUGCUAUUUGUUUAGUUGGAAAAUAUGUUUAUGGUUUUGAAUAAUUGAUCAAACUAGUUCUCUUGAAAUUGCAAAUUAAUUGGAUCCAAUAAAUUUAUCUGAAUUCCCCUUUAAAAUUCCAAUAAAUAAUAAUUAAGUGUAUUUUACCAACUCCACUGUAUAAGUAAACAAUGACACCUUUUAGAAAAAAGGCAGGUCACUAUCAAUUAACUUCCUUUUUAACCAUUUCUGGACUACUAAAUUUUGGCCUAAGAAUAACUUUUUUAGAAUACAAGAUUCUUUAAUUAGCUUUUUUCAUAUAUGCAGAAGAUGUGAACUUUUCUAAUGAUAUCUCUUUAUACUAAUAAGGAUGUACAUUUUUUCCAUGCUGUGGCUAGGACAAAAAUUAAUAAUGAUUAUUUACAUACUUGAUUUAAUUUCUUAGGAUAUUUACAAUCUUAGAUAUAAUAUCUGAUUUAAAAGUGCUAUACCAUACAUUUUUUUGGAUAUACAGUAUAGGGAAAGGUUUUCAUGUGAAUUCAUUGUGUCAUUUUGAAGUGCAUAUAUUGAAGGGAAAACAUGGAUUUAACUUGUUUUUAUCAUAUAAAUCUAGGUAAGAUGAUAUGCUUUUAUUAACAAAAAAUACACAGUAUGGUGAACUUAAUAUUUGUCACUUGAUUAGGUAAAGUGAACACUAAUGAUAGAAAUAUUAUCUUGCAAUGUUGAAAUAUAAUGAAAUUCCAGAUUUGUUAGUUUUAUGAGCAGUUUUAUGCUAUCUUAAUUUUACAUUUCCAGAAAGACAAAUUAAUUUUAAUGUUGUCAUUCUCAAUUUAUAAAAAAUAUAUAAUUCAUGAAACUUUUUAGGUUUACAAGCUAAUUAUAAAAUCAUAUUUCUUUCUGUUUUUUCUUGGGGCUGGGGAAAGAGACAUUUUCAUAUUUCUAUUCACUUUUCAAAUGCAGGCCUUAUAACUAUGUCGAUGAUAUAAGAUAAUGGAGGAUUUUGUAAUAACAGAUGUCAUCUUCAAUUUGUUCAAUAAAUAAUUUAAUGUGAAGUUAA